GAGGCGUUGUUGGGAGGCGUUUGCCUUUCCACGCUGUGGCAAACUCAUGAAGAAACACGUGUGGGACCACGUUUCGUGGGCAGACACACCAGAAUAAGGAUGAUUGCUCAGCUGUUAACCACGGAAGAGUCUGUCUGUGAGGAUAUUCCUGUGCACAGAGGUGUCCCUGUUCCCUUACGAUGCACAUACAUCACCCUGGGAAUCGCUGAAGCUGUUCUGUGCAGGAGGCACUGCUGAGAUUUCCCCUUGCAGCAAUGGACUUGGACAAACAAUCCGUGUGGGGAUCCCUGAAGCAGAAGACGCGGCCGUUCCUGCGAAACCUGAGCGUGAGGAGGACGAAGAAGAGGUCAGGCAAGAUGCUGGAGAGGAAGGGCCGCUCCUUGGACCGCUGUCUCAGCGUGUCCGUGCCUGACAUGCUGGAGGUGGACACUCUCAUGGAAGAAGAGGAGGAAGAAGAAAUUACUUACUCCAACGCUCAGGUGUUGUCGAGCUGCUCCCCCAAGAGCUUUUCCAGCUCUGUGGUGUCCCUGAAGAGCAGAAACGCUUCGGUGAAGGCGGCGGGAGAGGACUGGCUGUGGGCAUCACAGCAGAGGACGCGGACGGAGGUGACAGUCACCCCCCCAGACAUGCAGGAUGUGGGCAAUCACCUGCUGUCCUCACGAGGAGCUGAGGCUGUGGGCAGCCCCGUGUCCGAGGGGAAGAAGAGGAGAUCCAGCGAGGACCUCUUUGAGCUGCUGCAGAGCUCCCGGCUGAGCGCCGCGCUGAGUGACGAGGGGACAGAGUACCCAUCUGGAGAAAUGGAUUUUGACUCUUCCCUGUCAUCUCAAAACUUUGAUGACCAAAUGGCUCUGGAGGAAGCCAACGACUGCCUGAGUGAGCUGCCCAGCCCCUUUGCCUACCUGCUGACCAUCCACCUGAAGGAAGGCAGGAACCUGGUUAUCAGGGAUCGUUGUGGUACAAGUGACCCGUACGUGAAGUUUAAACUGAAUGGCAAAACUCUUUACAAAAGUAAGGUAGUCUACAAGAACCUCAACCCAGUUUGGGAUGAAACUGUUGUGCUGCCCAUACAGACCCUCGAUCAAAACCUCUGGAUCAAGGUGUACGAUCGUGAUUUAACCUCUUCAGACUUCAUGGGUUCGGCAUCCGUGGCACUCACUGAACUUGAACUCAAUAGAACUACUGAACAGGUUUUAAAACUGGAAGAUCCCAACAGUUUAGAAGAUGACAUGGGAGUGAUUGUAUUAAACUUGAGUCUAGCAGUCAAGCAAGGAGACUUCAAGAGAAAUAGAUGGUCAAGUCGAAAGAAAAGAACUUCAUCCAAGUCAAGUUUCACGCGGAACCUGCGGCUCUCGGAGUCGCUGCGCAAGAACCAGCUGUGGAAUGGGCUGGUCACCAUCACCCUCUUGGAGGGCAAGAACAUGCCCAGAGGAGGCUUGGCAGAGAUUUUUAUUCUCCUCAAACUGGGGGAUCAAAGAUACAAGAGCAAGACACUGUGUAAGAGUGCAAAUCCUCAGUGGAGGGAACAGUUUGAUUUUCACUACUUCUCUGACAGGAAGGAUAUGUUGGACAUUGAGGUGUGGAGAAAGGAUAACAAAAAGCACGAGGAGCUUUUGGGAAGGUGCCACGUUGACAUUACUGCCCUGCCAGCAAAGCAGACCAACUGCUUGGAGCUGCCUCUGGAGAAACACCCAGGGUCCCUGCUGAUGCUGAUUGCUGUUGCCCCUUGUACAGGAGUGUCCAUCUCUGAUCUGUGUGUCUGUCCCUUGGGAGACCCCAAUGAACGGCAGCAGAUUUCUCAGCGUUACUGUAUAAAGAAUUCCUUUCGGGACAUGAAGGACAUUGGCUUCUUACAAGUCAAAGUUUUAAAGGCAGUGGACCUGAUGGCAGCAGAUUUUUCAGGCAAAAGUGAUCCUUUCUGUGUCUUGGAGCUGGGAAACGACAUGCUUCAAACACACACCGUUUACAAGAACCUCAACCCUGAGUGGAACAAAGUUUUCACAUUCCCUAUUAAGGAUAUUCACGAUGUUCUGGAGGUGACAGUGUUUGAUGAAGAUGGAGACAAACCCCCUGAUUUCCUUGGAAAAGUUGCCAUCCCUUUGCUGUCUAUUAGAAACGGUAAACAAAGUUGUUACACACUGAAGAAUAAAGACUUGGAACGUGCUUCAAAAGGAGUAAUUUACUUGGAGUUGGAUGUCCUAUUUAAUCCUAUAAAAGCAAGUAUUAGAACAUUCAAGCCCCGAGAAAAGCGCUUUACUGAGGAGAACCGCAAAUUUUCUAAAAAGAUCUUAUCAAGAAAUGUUGAUCGCGUGAAAAAAAUCACCAUGGCAAUAUGGAAUACAAUACAAUUCCUUUGGAGCUGCUUUCUCUGGGAGUCCACGGUGAAGAGCCUGAUAGCAUUUGUGGUGUUUGUGGUCACCGUCUGGACCGUGGAGCUGUACAUGGUGCCCCUGGCCUUGCUGGUGCUCUUUGCAUACAACUUCUCCCUCGUCACAACAGGGAAGGUCAAUAAUGCCCAGGAUGCCCAGGAGCUUAUGGGCUUGUAUGAAGAAGAGGAUGAAGAUGAUAAGGAAUCUGAGAAAAAGGGGCUGAUUGAGAGAAUCCACAUGGUCCAGGAGAUCAUCAUAGCUGUCCAAAGCAUCCUGGAAGAAAUAGCAUCGUUCGGAGAGAGGAUUAAAAACACAUUCAACUGGACGGUGCCUUUCCUUUCUGUCCUGGCCUGCUUGGUCCUGGCAGCAGCAACAGUUAUUUUGUAUUUUAUACCACUGAGGUACAUUGUUUUAAUCUGGGGCAUAAAUAAAUUUACUAAGAAGCUUAGAAAUCCCUAUGCCAUCGACAAUAAUGAGCUACUAGAUUUCCUCUCCAGGGUACCAUCUGAUGUUCAAAAGGUGCAGCAGGCUGAAUUGAAACCAUCCAGCGGCUCCAGCCCCGUCAGGAAGAAGCGGAGCGCGCUCUAGGAUGCAGCGGGGUUUGGGAAUGCAGCGCCUCCCUCCCUGCACACACGUGCACACACACUGCACACCCCUCCCCUCCCUCUUGCUGCAGAGCAACACUAGAGACACUGCCACGGACUUUCCCUUUCUUGGAAGAUGUGGUUUUUUGAUAAACGCCUAUCUUGGGUUUCUUUUCUGGGUUGGCGUUUUGGCACGGAAUCCCAAAAAAAAGAGCAAGGUGAAACGUGAAUUAUUUCUUGGGAUGGGGAGGAGAAUGGAAGAGGAUGGUGCAACUGCACCUUUUAUUUUUCUUUUUUUUAUUUCCCCCUUUGAUUGCAGAGACAAGGCUGGAUGUGGCAGCACUCCCUGUGUUAUGUAGGAAGAGAUAAUUCUGCUUAGUGUAGCAGAUCAGCUGAGCUGAUGUGAGGAGAUGCUCUGAACCAGUUUUUAACAUAUCCAACAGAUUUACAUUAAGAUAUGAAAGCUAUUCUUUUCUGAGUUAAAUCACUGUGCCUAGAAAGGUUUAAGCUCUGAAUUAACGAGUCUUUGAUACCCAUCUUCUGUUCAAGCAGCGUACAUUUUAAAAAGUUUUUUAUCAUAAUUAGCAGAAAGAGCUAGGAGCUCCAACAGUAUCUCAAUAUUUCAUCCAGCACUUGUGGGUUUUCCUUUUUCCUUUUUUUUAAAUUCCUUUUUUUUUUUAAAGCCCAGCCUGUGGUUAACUCUUUGUACACUGGAAUCGUCGGAGAUCCAUUGCUGGCAAUGGAUGCAUGAAAACCUUAUGCCGUGAAAGGAUUAAGAGAAAAGGCUAACUCAGUGACCUGAAAAGACUCUGUUGGCUUGCAUUUUAUAAUUCCAUCUCAUCAGAUAUUUUCAGCAUAGCUGUUGUUUUCCUGUCUAAAUCCAGAGGGGUCAACACUACAGAUCCAAGAGGAAAAGAAAAACCAACACUUUAUAGCCUUAAAGAAACAAGUGCUUGUGCAGAAAGAGAGCACAUGCCCAAAGAAGUGGUUGUGCAAUAGGGUGCAGGCUUUGGUCCACCACUGAUGUCUUCUUGCAGUCUUUCCUGGUGGUUCACAAGGAGAGGACCCAAAAGUGAAGUCAAGUGGAAACAGCAAUGGAAAGACAGAAGAAAGGACCCCAUUUUGUGUUCUGUGGAGAAUGUGAUUUUUUGCUUGCUUACCAAUCUUUUAGCAAUUGUGCAUUUGCUUUAUGUUUUUCAGAAAAUGAGCAUUAGUCAGGUUGUUUGACUGGGGAAAUUAAAACACAGAAUCAUGCGUAAAACCUGCUUAAUUUUGCUGAUACUGCAGCCCUCGGUCCUUUAGGUGCUGUGGGACAUUUUGGGAGUGAUUUGUCACCACAAGUCAUUGGCAGCACGAGAGCUGGACCUGAGAGAUAGGAUUCUUUUUAAAAAAAAAAAAAAAAAAAAAAAAAGGGUUUUGAAAGUCAUCUAAUAAAAGGUGGAAUGGUUAAAACCUUUCUUAUGGAUUUGUGAUCCACAUGGAGUUGUGUGUGGUUCCAUAUCACAGUCUUGUGGGCUUGUUCCAGGAAAUUUGAAGGAGGAAAAGUAACAGCAGACUAUCUUCCACUGGGUUAUUAGGCAGAUUCAGUAGUUUUUCAUAAGUUUAUUUUUCGAAGUCCCACUGUGCCUUUGAAUAAGGACAGGCACAUUUUCAUAUACUUGAUUGGCUAAAGAAUGUAUUUUGCUUAUGCAACGCUGUGUGUAGCUGCAAAUGGAAGGAUUGAGGAAAGAUUAUCCCGGUUUAAAAAGCCACAAAAAUGCCUCUUUGUUUGCACGUGUGCUUGUGUACCCAUGCAUAUACAGAGUUGUGUAUAAAGAGUACAUGUAUAAUGUAUUUAUAGGCGAGUGUGUGGGGGAAAAUGGGUGAAUAUACAGAUUUAAAAACCUUGAAAAUGUUUAUGAAAAAUGCCAAAGAUUCUAAAGCUUAUCAUCUCGCGUCUGUUCUUCUUCAUUUUGUAUCUUUCCCGGCAUGUCUCUCUGGCUGAGCCAGAUCUCUGCAUGAUUUGAUUUACUUCAACUUAAUGAAGCUGGUUGGAAAGAGCCUUGUAGAAAUUACAAAAUCUCCAGUAAAUCUCCUUCUUGUACAUACAAUAGAUGUCCACGGAACCCUUUUGUUAAACCAGUUUCUCAAUCUUCUCUGUAAACAAUGCCUCAUUGUCUCGCUUCAAACUAUCAUCUGGUUUAUCAUACUGUAAUCUUGUCAUUUUGUAAGGACCAAAGUCAGGCAUAUUUAAGCAGGCGUGUGGGAUCUGAUCAUUGAUUUGAGUGAAAACAUUCAACUGCAGGAAAAACUGUUUAUUUAUUCAGAAAUUCAGAUUGAUACUUUAAUACUUUAGAGGGUUUUUCUGUAGGUUUUUCCACGUGGAACUGAUUUCUGUUCAGGAGACAGGGUGAUAUCUUUUUAUUCUUUUUUUUUUUUUUUUUUUUUUUUUUUUUUUGGUGUAGAUAUGUUUGGUUUCAGAAUAAUUUGUGUUAAUUGUUUUGCUGGAGACAUACCGAAUGAAGGGAUUUGGAUGGUCCAGUACCUAUAUAUGUUGUGAUGAGCUCUUUGUUUUGAUAAAUGCUGUUUGAAAUGCAAUAAACAGUUGAGGUUAAGCUGAUGCUUUUAA